CCCUGAGGUGCUGCGGGGCCGGGCCCUCCAGGGAGGGCAGGACGGGAGGGUGAGGCCUGCAGUCAGGAAGGAGAGGCCUGGCAGGCGCUGGGGCGGGAUAAUAAAGCCUUUGAGAGCCGGUGGGUUCAGAGGGGGCCGUGCGCCUCUGAAGUUGUUUCUGACGGGGCUUUCCAGCCUCCUCUGCUUCCUGCCUGGCCCCGGGUGGGAAAGGGCCUGAGAGGCGGCCUGCCUGAGCUGAGGCGGCUUGGAGGUCUCGGCCCCCCUGGGCUGCUGUGCUGGGGCCAAGGCGGCACCGGUCCCUGCCCGGGGGUCUGGGUGAGGAAGGGCCUGGCAGGCCUCGGAGCAGGGCUCGGGGAGCCCCAGAGGGACCAGGCCCUCAGCCGGAGGCGGCCGCCUUGGGCUUCAGCUGCCAAGCCCGUGUUCCUGCCCCUUCCCCCUGCCUGGCCUCUCCCGCCCCUGCUAGGAACGCCGUGGUGCCCAUAGCUGUCCGCUGCUUCUGUGGGUCCCUGCUGCCUCGCUGAGGGCUCCUGAGGGUGGGGCCAGGGUGAGGGUGCCGGGUCCCCAGCCCUGCUGGGCCGCCCUCCAGAGCCAGAAGCAAUGAAUGUCCUGUCCUUGGCCUGUGGGAGAGCUGCCUGGGGCCUUCCGAAGCCCUCUGGCCUAAUGGUUUCCUCUUCAAAGCCUCUUCAGAUAUUUUAAUUAGCAACAGAGGCGGGUUUUUUUUUUAAGUGGCCACAGGCCUCUGCAGAGGCCUGGGUUGGAGGUGAGAAGCUUGCUCGCUGCCUGGGGCUGCAGCCACUUGCUGAGAUGGGGCAAGAAGGCUGGCAGCUGCCAGGCGUGAUCAGGAGCAGGACUGAGCGGGAUUCCCUGCAGCGGAGGCAGGGGAGGGGUGAGACAGUCCCCUCUCAGCCCCCGAGCUGCCGGGCGGACUCUGGGCCUCCUUCUUCCGUCUCCAUCCCCUCCCUUGCUGGCCAGCCAGUUGAUAAACAUUGAAUUUGGAAGAUGCCUUGGGAUGGAGGAGGACCAGUGCCCAGGCCUGCAGCCCACCCUCCCGCUGGGAGGCCCCUGAGAGCACUGGGGUGCUGCUGCCCUGUUUCUGGGGAUGCUUGGCUUCCCUACCAGCCACCGUCUCCUGCCUUCCAUCAGCUCGGCUCUAGCCUCGGGGCCUCUCGGGGUGGUGUCCCCAGUGACGUGCCUGCCUGCCUGCCGUCAGAGAGCUGGCGGGGCUGAGGGAAGGAAGCCUGCCUCCCUGGCAGGCAAGCAGGCAGCGGGCACGGAAGCACCAGCUUUCAUGUCUCUGGCAGAGCCCCGCUCCGGCUGCCUGCUGCCUGGGGGGUGUCCCGGGGCCGGCCCCCUGCUUCCAAGAGGGACAGCGUGCGUGGGUGUGGGGGCUCGGGUAGCCCGGCAGCCCUCUGUGGCCCUGGCCCAGGAGAGCGCAGGUUUUCUGGGAGGGCUGGGAGGAGGCGGCCAGGAGUGAGGACUGGGAAUUGUGAGCAGUGUGGGGGCACCACUGUGGGGAACAAAGCCCCCAGCCCCUGCCUGAAACCUGCUUCCUGGCCCUGGGCGUCAGGGCUGGCACUGCCCUGGUGUCCUCGCACAGUCACCUCUGUGUGCGGUCCGCGUCCUCAUGUCAUGAGGAAGGUCACCCUGGGCUAAGCCCACCUUUGAUGUCACGGUCACCUCACUUAUCUCUUCAAAGGCCCUACUGUUUGGGCUUCCUUCCAUUGGCUUUGGGGGGGCAAGCCUGCCUCCUAACACCCUCCGUUUGUUGGAGCUCCCAGGCUGCCUCCGGGGACCCUCUGCCAGGACACAGGCCACCCUUGCUGCCUGGUUCCCCACUCCCCAAGCCACUCACCUGGCAGGGCGUGUCUGGCACUUCUGGCCUGAGUGCCUGCUGGGCGCCCGCCCCCAGCCAGUUCUGUCCUCCUUCCUUUCCACCCAGGACAGCCCCGUCCUGCACUGCCGUGUCGCCCACUGCCGGGGCCUCUCUGGGACCGACAGGCCCCCUUCCUUCCACACACCAGGCCCUACCCCACCUGGACCCUCUGAAAUGUUCCUUGUUGACAAAUGGUCUUGCAGAAGGCGGGGAUGGCUCCUGCAGCCCCCACUCCUGCUCUGUGGGUGGACGCCCCGUCUCUCCCUCCCAGGCGCCGUGGUGCCAUCUCCCUCCCGGGCGCCAUGAUGCUGCUUCCCUCCCAGGCACUGUGGUGCCACCUCCCUCCCAGGCGCCGUGGUGCCAUCUCCCUCCCAGGCGCCGUGGUGCCAUCUCCCUCCCGGACACCAUGAUGCUGCCUCCCUCCCAGGCACUGUGGUGCCAUCUCCCUGCCCAGGCACUGUGGUGCCACCUCCCUCCCAGGCACCAUGAUGCUGCCUCCCUCCCAGGCGCCGUGGUGCCAUCUCCCUCCCGGACACCAUGAUGCUGCCUCCCUCCCAGGCACUGUGGUGCCAUCUCGCUGCCCAGGCACUGUGGUGCCAUCUCCCUCCCGGGCACCGUGGUGCCACCUCCCUCCCGGACACCGUGAUGCCGCCUCCCUCCCGGACACCAUGAUGCUGCCUCCCUCCCAGGCGCCGUGGUGCCAUCUCCCUCCCGGGCGUCUUGAGCUGCAAGGGCUCCUCUCUUGGCUUCGUUCCCCGGAGGGUGGUGCCGUUCUCGUUGGAGGGGGCGGCCGGGCGUUGGGCCGCGUGUGCAUGCAGCCCCUACAGAGUUGCUGCUCCGUGGGGGUUGGCGUGGGCCUCCUUUCGGAAGCUCUUCCUGGCAACACUGAGUGGGGCAAGGGGUUGGCAGCAGAGAGGCGGCUGGAUUUGGGACCCCAGUGUCCUGGGAGGCAGCUAGGGAGGGGCCGGCUCCAGGCCCUCAGGCUGUGUCAGGGCAGGGCGGGCACCCCCACUUCUCCCUGUCAGCCGAGGGAGCCAGGCAGGGGCAGCCUGAGACCUCCUGGGACAGUCCUGGUGGGGAGAGGCCCCUCAGCCUGUGCCUCCCUCAAAGGCCCUUCCCGGGCCCUGCUCUGGCUGGGGGGACGGUGUGACCCACCUUCCCUUUCUAGGCCCAGCUUGGUGACCGGGGUGGCUCCAUUCACCCUGGGUCCCUUACUGAAAUGGUGCCUGGGACCAGGGCAGAGAACACCCUUUCCAGCGGUGGGAGAUGGAGGUGACGUGGACUCUGGGAGGCUCCUUUUUUGGGGUCCAUCCAGAGGCCGAGCCUCUCCAAGCACUGGUCAGCCUCCAUGCCACCCAGUCUGCCGACCCUCCUCUCCACCAUCCCCUCGUCCGAGCAGUGGCGAUCCCUCCCGAGUCAAGGCUGGGCACAAGCACAUGGGGACAGGCCGGGUAGGCUGCGUGCCUCAGUGCUCCCUGCACAGAGGUGCAGACAGAGCCCAGGUGCCCCAGGCCCGGCUGCCAAGCCUACUUCCCUCUCCUAGUGUUCCCGAGUCCUGCCUGCCCCUUUCUGUGCGUCCCGUGAGGCAGUGCUGGUUGAGGGUCCUAGCCUGUGGGGGCUAUGAUGAAAACCAGGUGCCUCUCUGCAUCGGUGGCUUCUGAGGGAGCCCUCUUGCCCGGCAGCAGGUGGGAUGCAGAUGGGGCUGGCCAGGCCUCCUGUGCCCACAGCAGCCUCUGGGCAGUGUCUCCUGGGCUUCUGUGAGCAGCCGCAGCCUGGGUGUGAAUCUUGGAGGCCCGGUGGUGGCGGAGCAUGCUCUCCAUCUGGGAGAGGCCGAGACCACGGCGGCUCCUGGCGCUGUCCUUCCCGUGCCCCUUCCUGGCUCCCCAGUUUCCGGCGCCUCUCCAGGGCCACUCGGGCAGCCCCUGCCCACCCCACAGGCCCUUCUCUCCUCAUAAGGCUUUGAUCCCAGGCGGCACAAUUGGGUUUUCAAAGCAUUCACGGCCCUUGUUUGUGUCCCUGGGCCCCCGGCUGGAGGCUGAGGUUUCAGCGUUCCUGGGCCUGGCCUUUGAAGCUUCCUCUUAUUAAUCUUUUAACAUCCCCCAGCCCCACCCCCACCCCCAGCCUGUGGCCCCGAGCAGCCUGGAGCCGGGAGGGGGAAUCUGGAGCUGGGAGGGGGAUACCCCAGCCUGGCAGCUGCACCCCUCCACGGUGGUCCCGGCACAUCCGCCAGGACCCACCACGCCUGGCCCCACCUUCCUCGGGUGCAGAGGCCAGAGGAGGGAGGACUGUGAUGCUGCAUGGCUUGAGGACCCUCGAGGCCCCAGCGUUCAGCUGGCUUGGGGGUUGGGGUGGUCCCAUGGAGGGCGCUGGUCCCAGGAUGCCCUGGCCUUGCUUACAGGGGUAGGGUUGGUGUCAGACAGGAAGCUGGGCGAUGGGCUCAUGGGGGCCGGGCAGGCGGAGCCUGCCUGAGGGUGGAGCUGGGGCCUGGCCCUGGGGGGUGUGGCUGCCUCCACAGCAGGGGGGUGCUCUGCCCAUGGUGCCCACCCGGCCCCUGAGCCCCCCGCCCUC